ACUGACUUUAUGAUUUUUCAUCCCUGCAGAUGGUAAGGAUGUUGGAUAUACUCGCUGAGUACUUAUCCCUUCGAGGAUUUCAAUUUCAGAGGCUUGAUGGCAGUACCAGGGCUGAUCUUCGUCAUCAGGCUAUGGAGCAUUUUAAUGCACCUGGAAGUGAUGAUUUUUGUUUUCUCCUUUCAACACGUGCUGGUGGUCUUGGUAUAAAUCUAGCUACUGCUGAUACUGUCAUAAUAUUUGAUUCAGACUGGAAUCCCCAAAAUGACUUGCAGGCGAUGAGUAGAGCUCACAGGAUUGGACAACAAGAAGUUGUGAAUAUAUAUCGAUUUGUUACUAGCAAAAGUGUAGAAGAAGAUAUCCUGGAGCGUGCAAAGAAAAAGAUGGUUCUUGAUCACCUGGUCAUUCAGAAGCUCAAUGCGGAAGGCAGGCUGGAGAAGAAAGAAACUAAGAAGGGCAAUUCAAUGUUUGAUAAGAAUGAGCUUUCUGCAAUAUUGAGAUUUGGGGCGGAGGAGUUGUUUAAGGAAGAAAAGAAUGAUGAAGAAAGCAAGGGGAGACUUGAGAGCAUGGAUAUUGAUGAAAUUCUUGAGAGAGCUGAGAAAGUUGAAACAAAGGCGGCAGAUGGUGAACCAGGAAGUGAAUUGUUAAGUGCUUUUAAGGUUGCUAAUUUCUGCAGUGCCGAAGAUGAUGGGACUUUUUGGAGCCGUUUGAUACAACCUGAAGCUGUAGAUCAUGAUGCAGCAUUAGCACCUCGUGCUGCAAGGACAACAAAGAGUUAUGCGGAAACUAACCAGCCAGAGAAAAGUACCAAGAGGAAGAAAAGGGGCCUUGAAUCCCAAGAUAACAGACCCCAAAGGCGUUCAACUAGAGCAACAGAUACCGCAGUCCAUUCUUUGCCAAUCAUUGAUGGUGCGUCUGCUCAAGUAAGAGGAUGGUCGUAUGGUAAUUUAUCAAAGAAAGAUGCAUCUCUUUUCGUUCGUGCGGUCAAAAGAUUUGGAAACCAAAGCCAAAUAAGCUUAAUAGUGUCAGAAGUUGGUGGUACAAUUGAAGCAGCACCCUAUGAUUCUCAGAUUGAGCUGUUUGAGUUGUUACUUGAGGGUUGCCAAGAAGCAAUUAGAGGAAAUGUUGAUAUGAAGGGGACUUUGUUGGAUUUUUUUGGUGUCUCUGUAAAAGCUCAUGAACUACUUAAUCGUGUGGAAGAACUACAACUUCUGGCAAAGCGCAUAAGCAGGUACCCUGAUCCAGUUUCCCAGUUUCGAUUGGUAACACAUCAUAAAAGUCCACAAUGGUCUAAAAGCUGUGGCUGGAAUCCUGUGGAUGAUUCUAGAUUGCUUCUUGGAAUAUACUACCAUGGAUUUGGAAAUUGGGAGAAGAUAAGGUUGGACUCUAGGCUUGGUCUUACAAGGAAGAUUGCUCCGGUAUCACUUGGGGAACGGGAAACAUUUUUGCCUCGAGCUCCAAACUUGGACAAUCGUGCUAGUGCAUUGCUGCAAAAGGAAUUUGCAAAUGUUAAUGGAAAGAACUCAAAAAGUAAAGGGCCUCGCAAAGUUGCCAAGUCUGAAGGGGAAAACAUAAUAAAACAAUCAAAUAGCCGAUUAAAGGAUAUGGCAUCAAAAACUGGUUCUCCUAAACUUAAUGCAAAGUCAAACAAAGAGCGUCUUCAUAAGCGUCAGAAGGUAGAACCUCGUGUGAAGGAAGAGGGUGAAAUAUCAGAAUCUGAGGAGCAGGAGAGAUAUCAGCAAUUUAAAGAAGAAAAGUGGAUGGAAUGGUGUGCAGAUGUCAUGGAAGAGGAGGAACAAACACUAAAUCGCUUAGAAAGGUUGCAGACUACUAGUUUAGAUCUUCCGAAAGAAAAGGUACUGUCUAGAAUUCGAAAGUAUUUGCAACUGAUAGGGAGAAAAAUUGACAGGAUUGUACAGCAACAUGAGGUUUCUUACAAACAAUCUAGAAUGGCAAUGAGGUUGUGGAACUAUGUAGCCACCUUCUCAAAUUUGUCUGGAGAAAGGCUUUGUGAGAUUUAUUCAAAACUCAAAGAGGAGAAAGCAGAAAUGGGUGCUGGACCCUCUCAUUCAAAUAUUUCUGCUGCUCUACCCACUGACAGAGAAAAUGAUUCAAAUCAGUUUUCAAACGUUGGUGAUUUCCGUAAUAAGCCAAGAUCACACCAGCUUCCAAAUCAAUCUUCAGACAUGCUUCUUAGAAAUCAGACGACAGGAAAGACAGGAUCAUGGAAGCGAUGGAGAAGAUCUAAAACAGAUGCGCAAGCUCUGCAACCCUCCUAUCAACACGCAGCCAUGGUCAAUGGGAAUCGGCCACAGGAGCCAAAUAAUUCAGCUGGAAUUCUUGGUUGGGGUCCAGCAGAACUGCGGCGAUUUGGGAAUGAAAGAUCAACCCGGGCACAUCCUGGUCGUUUUGCCCCUGGACAAGGACACAUAUAAGGACCUGAGUGGCCUGCAACCAUGUAAUAUGAUAAUUCUGCCUGAUGAGAAGGCGAAGCUGCUUUCAUCAAGGGGAAUGCCUCAUAGUUGCAUUGACUGAUUUGUUUCUGGAGGAAAUAAGAAGGUUUGCCGAUCCCUUUUUUUUUUUAAGGAUCUUACCGCUGCAGCUUGGAGGCUACAGUUCCUUGUCAUAGCAAUGCAUUACCUGUCAUGAAAAGGCAGCUUUCAGGUUGAAGUCUCUGCACCGUAACUGUAUGAUAUUGAGCAAAUCUUCAAACGAAAAGCUGCUGAAGGCCAAUGUGGUCAGCAAAAAUUUUGGCGGAGUGUUCAGUAAUUCAUACAGCAUCAGGAUAUUUUUGUUUUUAGGUGAAAUGUUCAGGAAAAUUUACUUCAGAUCAACUUGUAUCUACUCUUUGCACAUCCUUAUAUGCUUUUUCUAUUUGCACAUUGAAAUAUACAGUAGCUUUCAUAAUUUAUAAUUUUCAUCUUUUCUA